AUGGGCAAGGGCAAGGUGAAGUACGUCAUCUACAAGAUCGCCAACAACAAGAAGGAGGUCGUUGUCGAUGAGAUCGGGCAUGAUCACGACUAUGAAGUCUUCCGUGAGAGACUCAUCGCCGCUCGGGAUGACAAGGGUAACGUCGCCCCUCGUUAUGCUGUUUACGAUGUCGAGUUCGAGCUAGGUGGUGGUGAGGGCAAGAGGAGCAAGAUCAUCUUCAUCUCUUGGGUCCCUAGCGAGACCCCUACUUUCUCGUCUAUGCUUUACGCCAGCACUCGCGAGGUUUUGAAGAACGCGCUGAACAUCCCCAUCUCCAUCCAUGCCGACGACAAGGCUGAUAUCGAGUGGAACACAAUCUUGAGCGAAGCCAGCGGCGGCAAGGCUGGUAAAUAA